UCACUACCAAUCAUAAUACAAUACACUUUCACAUACGUUCAUCAUAUCAAUACCAUCAUCUCUACCAACACGAAUGGUUUCUUAUUGCCGGCCUUGGCGUCCCAAGAUAUUCCUGUCAUCGCACUUACGACUCUGGAGCGUAUGAGAAGCCUCUGGACACCGAUGCUCUCAAAUAAAGAAUUGGAAGAUUCUUUCCAAACAGGUCUGAAAGAAGUCGAUGCUACGGUCGUCACUGCCUUCGGUAGUAUUCUCGAAGUACACUGGCGGCUGGAAGAAAGUACAACGCUAUUGACCAUCUUUGCACCAAGAAACACUAGCGUUGUGUUUCAGCUCAGUCAAUUUCAAAGAUUUCUAUCAGGUCAAACGAUUUAUCACUUUAGUUUCACUAUCUAAACUGUACACCUUAGAGAGAGAUAUCUGCGUGAACCUGUACU